GAAUUCACUCCAGAAGAAAUCUUCAAUAUGUUUUUUGGCGGCGGCUAUCCUGCAGGCCAUCUAAACAGACGUCAGCGUGGAGCCCACUAUCAUUUUCAGCACCAUUCAACACAGCAAGAACAGCCUUCGUAUGCAUCUAUUCUGCAGCUUUUACCCCUGUUCGGAGUGCUUUUGCUUGGUCUUAUUGCUCAGCUAAUGGUAGGCGACCCAGCAUUCUCACUUCAUCGGACCAGUAAAUAUACGGAGGAGCGAUUCACGCGGGAUUUGAAAGUGCCCUAUUAUGUGAAGAGCGAUUUCUUAUCAAAUUAUCGGAGUAAGUUGGCACAAAUCGAGCACCAAGUUGAGGAUGAGUACAUCGGUCAGCUGCGCAUGAAGUGCUUCAAAGAGAGGAAUGAGAAGGAGACUACGUUGUGGAAGGCGCGAACAUUCGGCGAUGCAGACCUGUGGAAUCGAGCACAGCGCAUGGCAACACCAAGCUGCACUCGACUGCAGCAAAUCUACAGCUAG